CAUGGCACCCUCCGCCACCGCGUCCAACGGCACCGGCAGCAGCGCGCUCGCCAAGAGCGGCAGCAAGCCCGGCCAGCGCAACCUCGAGGGCAUCAGCAACUACACCAAGUUCUGGCAGAAGGACGCCAAGGACGACUCGAGCACCGACAUGGACAACCGCCUCGACCAGUACACCAGCGUCGUCAACGGCUACUACGACGGCGCGACGGACCUGUACGAGUACGGCUGGGGCCAGAACUUCCACUUUGCGCGCUACUACCCGGGCGAGGCCUUCUACCAGGCCAUCGCACGCCACGAGCACUACCUCGCAUUUGCCAUGCACCUCAAGCCCGGCAUGCGCGUGCUCGACGUCGGCUGCGGCGUCGGCGGCCCGGCCCGCGAGAUUGCGCGCUUCGCCGGCGUCGAGAUCGUCGGCCUCAACAACAACGCCUACCAGGUGGAGCGUGCCAACAAGUACACGCGCAAGGCGGGCCUCGAGAACCAGGUGUCGUUCGUCAAGGGCGACUUCAUGAAGCUGAAGGAGCAGUUCGGCGAGGGCUCGUUCGAUGCCGUCUACGCCAUCGAGGCCACGUGCCACGCGCCGUCGUGGGAGGGCAUCUACGGCGAGAUCUUCCGCGUGCUCAAGCCCGGCGGCUACUUCGGCCUGUACGAGUGGUGCAUGACGGACGACUGGGACCCCUCGAACGCCGACCACAAGCGCAUUGCGCACGGCAUCGAGGUCGGCGACGGCAUUCCGGAGAUGCGCAGCAUCAAGGCCUGCCGCACGGCUCUCGAGACUGUCGGCUUCGAGAUCGAGCAGGACAAGGACCUGGCAGAUGUCGGCGACAAGAUCCCAUGGUACUACCCGCUCGCCGGUGACCUGCGCGCCUGCCAGACCGUCUGGGAUGUCGCCAUGUGCUGGCGCAUGACGCGCUUCGGCGAGUUCACCACCCAGACUGCCGUCUCGAUCCUCGAGCGCAUCGGCCUCGUGCCGAAGGGCACGCACGACGUUGGCGCGAGCCUUGUUGUCGCCUCGCGCGCGCUCGUCGAGGGCGGCAAGAAGAAGCUGUUCACGCCCAUGAUGCUCUUCGUCAGCCGCAAGCCGGAGAAGAAGGACUAAGCACCAGCAAGCUCUGCUCGCUUGCGAGACUGCGGCAUCUGCGAGACGUGCUCGGGCUCGCUCGUCAUGCUCUCGGCCUCACCUCGCCGUCUCGCGGCGCAUCUUCUC